GGAACUUGUUGUUUGUCUGGACUGUUAGCGCGUUUUUCUGCGGUUUCUUUUAUUUGUUUGUCCAUGUGGUGAACAGGCGUCAGCUUCAAGUACUUUGCCUUAAUCCGAUACUUCUCGACCUAAUGGUAUGAAGCCUUACGCUUUCGACUAUUAUUGCCGAUAACACUUAUUUAAUGUUUAGUUGUUCCUUAAUGUUACCAGCUCGUAUAACUAGCCUUGUCGAUAACCGUAAACUCAAAAGUUCUGAAGAGUUGGAAGUUAUAGCAGUUGUUACAGUUGCAGUUUAUUGUCAUGUUUCCUGCACUCUUAUUAAAAUUGUUUUAAACUGUUGAUUAUAUUUGAAGGUUGUGUGUAGGAAUAAAAAUCGUGCUUGCUGGUCAAAGUAUAUCAACUAUUGUGUGUUGUCUGUUAAAAGGACUUCAAACAUCAGAAUCUUGCUAAUAAAUCGCGCACCAGUGAAAACAGAUAUACACCAGCACAAAGUGCAUAACAAGUAACACCAUGAAAAUUUGCCUGAUCGUGCUGUGGUGCUGUUUCGAACUGAUUAAAGGUUGCCAUUACGGUCAUUGUAUAUCUAAGCGUAGCUCAUAUGCAAGAUGCUCAAAAAUGCCUAGACAAUUGGAGGACGGAAAAUGGAGAUACGAUGCUUUAUCUGAUGAAUUAAAGACGCAUGGAUUGGGUGGCAUGAUGAAGAAAUGCGUCUUGAACAAGGUACUUCCGGUCAAACGAAUCCCGACAAGAUUACGCGUGACGUCAUUCACCCCAGCUCCUAUAUCAUCAAAGAGAAAGUUAAAGUUAUGGACAAAAAUAAAUGAAGGUGUAAAGGAGACGAACUGUAACGGAUACACCGUAUUAUGUCGAAAGAUUCUCAGAUGCGCAAACAUUUUGUUUCGGCGUGGCCGUACUGAAUGAACACUGGCAUAAUUCCAAGAGGUCUCCGAUGAUCAAAAUAUUAAUAAAAUGUAAAUAAUCGUUCCAUCUGUUUUUGAGCAGUGUUUUUUCGUUUAAUACCGUUUUUAUACAAUUAAUUAAAUUUGUGUGCGUCAGCGGUUUUGUGCUUGAACCGCCGUAACAUAUUUGUAUGAAAAUUGUUUCUAUAGCUAAAGUUUAUUUACGAUCACGACACCGGUUACUGUCAUUUUACCACCCAAAUAAAUACUCGAUUUGUGA